AUGCCAUCUUCGAGUUCAGCUUCAGAAUUGAAAACAGCUCUGAAUGCACUUUCAUCCGAGAUGGAUUUUCAAGGUGGCGGCUGGCAUAUGCAGAAUAUAACAAUCAUUCGCAAUUCUGCAGAAAAAUUUAAAUUCGCUGACAUGCGUGCCUUCAUUGGUGAAAUUGUUGGGUUCAUGAGGAGACCAGAUGCUUCAUGUACAAAUAAAUUCAAGUUAGCUCAGCUUCUUAACCUAUUAAAAUCCUUCCAAGUCAGAGGGUUCGAAGAAGUAGUAUUAGAGUUCAGAAAUCAAAUUUUAAAUUCAUAUAUUUUCCUUGGAGAUCAACAACUCGGGGAAGCUGCUUUAGGAAUGAUUAAUAACUUGUGGAAUAUGCCAAAUGUAAUACGCCCUGUUGUAAAAACAGCAAGCAAAUUACCAAGAAUUAAGAUAAAUACACCAUCUGCUAAUGUUAUUAGAAAAAUUUUCAUGGCUUCUAUACCUUACUUAGCUGAUCCUAUACGGCAUGCUUCUCCACCUCCAUAUGUUGAAUGA